AUGGUUGUUCCUUUGAAAUUCGAGGAUUCACAGGGAUAUUGUGCGCUCAAUGAUGCUGACGGCAACAUUUUCAUCCUAGUCAGAAAUCCUCUAGUGGUGAAUGGGUUCAAACGGGUGAAUGCGAUGGGACCUCGGUUGGGCGAGGGAAGCGGAAAUGGAGUUACUGUUAAGCAGAAGAGGAUAGGUUUCGGAAGCUCGCAAAUAAAUUCAGAAUUAUCACUCGUCAUCGUAGGAGGAGGAGGAGGAGGAGGAAGAAGGAGGAAGAAGAAGAAGGAAGUUGAGCUUGAGCUUGAGCUUGAGCUCGAGCUCAAGGCAGCUCGAGUUGGUCGAGUUCCCUUACGAAGCCUCGCCACCGACCACAAACGCGCUUCACCACCAAACUACAAAACGGGGGGUGCAUGCACACUGGAAUAA